AUGGCGUCAAGAGAUGCGACUGCCACAGUGCAGAUGAGACCAGGUUGGCAGCAGCAAGUCGAUCUGAUUCUCUGGAAUCCAUGCGGCUACCGGCCGGAGCAGUAUGUCGUGUCGGAGACGGUGGGUCCCAACGAUGACUUCCGGAUGCGCCUGGUGAUCUAUCCCAGGGGCCGAUAUCAUUACAAGGACGAUUGCGACCUUCUUAGCGCUUUCCUCGAGAUUCUUCCACCAGUCAGCCUCGAAGGCUGCCGCUGGAGGUGUGAGGACAUCCACUUCGAGCUGACUGCUUUGAAGGAGGAUGAAGCAGAUGUGAAGCCAUGGAAGACAGGCACCUUCACUUUUAGCGAUUCCUGCCCUUUUGCCGGACUUUGCGACAUCUGCGACAUGGACGAGGUGGCAGAGGAGGGCAUCUGGCUCAACCGCCUGCGGGAGCUCCGCUUGCGUGGCCAGGCCACCUGCGCACCUCCUUCUCCAAAGGGGCGCCAGGAACAGGUCGAACUGAUCCUCAGAGACUUGGAAACUUUCAUCCCCAAUCCGGAGGAUCCGCGCUCUCAAACCCCGGCCCCGGUACUCUCUCGGCAAGCCGGGCCACCGAACGCAUUUCGAAUCCAGCUGCGUGUUCACCCGAUCGUCCCGGAGCGCAGUGGCUGUCUGGGUGUCUUCAUCUACCUGACACCGGGGCCGAUGCAGGACAUAGGCUCCGAGUGGAUCGUCCAGGAUGCGAAGUGCGAAGUCACGGUCUACCAGGAAGGGGCGAACUGGAUUGUGAAAGAGGCCGCAACCUUCUGUUUCACGGACGAAGAGUCCGGGAACGGAUGGUCCGAGCUGUGGCCUAGGCCGCUGCAGGACUUGGCCUCUUGGGUGGGGCUCGGACGCCUGGUGGUGCAGGCCAGUGUGGAGUUCCCGCUGCAGACCGAUGUCUUGAAAGAUCUCUACCAGGGCCUUGACUUCUCACAGGAGGUAACGCAGGUCACUGUGCGACUGGCAUCUGGGCCGCCCCUCUUCUUUGACAAGCGUGUUCUGAUGGCCUGCUCGGAGUAUUUCCGGGACAUGCUAGAAGAGCCCCGCUUCCGGGAGGGCUGCAGCAAUGAGAUCGACUUGAGUAGCGACCCUCAAGCUGAUCAUCGCGCUGUCAGCGCCAUCUUCCGCUACAUGACGUCUGGCACCUUCUUCGCCAAUGGAGACUUCACGUUCGCGCUCGCGAUCCGCAAGCUGGCCGACCAGUAUCGUCUCAUCGGCCUCGUGGAGAAGGCAGAGACGGAGCUUGGCAGCUUGCUCUCCGAGAGCAACGUUCUGAUGUUCCUGAGCCAUGUCUUUGGGACGGGGUGUCGCCUAGAACAGCUCUGCGUGCAGAUGAUCAUGAACAACGGCUGCGAGGUGCUGGUCUUACAGGAGGAGCAGCUGACUCAAAUGGUGGAUGCUCACCCGGAGCUGGCGAAGAAGCUCAUGAGAGCGCUGCUGGCUGCGCGAAGCCAACUGCGAUGGCCCGAG